AUUAUGUAUAGUGUAACACUUUAACUGUCAAUGUCAAAUCAAUUGUAAACAGUCACAAACGUCACAAGUCAGAUGCACGCCGUGCGUCUCGUUUGUCGUGCUUCUUAUUUGUCUUUGCGUUUACCACGUUAGUAAUUGAUAGGUCCUUCGUCUUUUAAUUUAGCUGUGAUUUAUAUAAUAAUAACGAGACUGAAUCAUACAAUGCAACAACGAGAUAUUGAAAAGUUAUACUUUGUACCUUUCAAAGCUGUGCAAAAAGUAACAAAAUUUAUUAGAAACUCAACUAAAUGGGAGAAGGAAGCAUGUCACCGCAGCCUACUGAAUCUCCAGGAUGCGCACAAUCAGUUCCACAAACAUGAGCCUAGGUCUACAUUGUUUAUGAAAAAUGUUUUUUUCAAAUGUGUGUGGUCUGCCAUUUAUUCUCAUAAUUGGGAUAAGCUCUUAUAUAUCCUUACAAAGAGUACCAUUAGGGAUAAUAGGAGAUGUAUGUAUAGUGAAGAAACUAAUACUGAGAGGUUAAAAUUUUAUUUGAAGGCCUUCACAAUACUGUUGAUGAACCACCCGUAUGCCAGAACCCACGGUCUGCUGGAUGAUUACAUGCACAUGGUGCUGUCCUGCCGCACACAGGAGAGUAGGCAGGCUGUAAUGAAGGUGCUUGUGACAUUGACGGACACUCUCUAUUCUAAAGUGUUGGCGAAUAGGAGAAAGAGAUUGGAGAGAGAUUUGGAUGGACUGGUGGAACUUAUUUAAAACUAUUUCCAGUGUUUUUGUGAUAUUUUUCCAGCAAAGGGUAUCAUUUUACUUUGAUUAUAUCUGAGCAAAACACCUUGGUCUGAUAAUGUCUUUUAUGAGACGGGAACAUCUAAUUGAAAUAUGAAAUGAUGGAAAUUUGGCAUAAAAUUACCAAUGAUGCCAAUUCAAUUAACUAUUUGACUAGAGAAUGUGAAAGGUCAUGAUAAAAUACAGAAUAUCAAUAGAUUUAUUAUUGAUUGUGAUAUUUAAUUGGCAAUGUUUUAAAACAAUAAAGUGGGAUAAACAUU